GGCGGAGCCGAGCGCCGGGAGCCGCCGGGAGCCGCGGGAGCAGCGGAGCCGCAGCCGCCGCCGCGGCCGCAGGUGCUGAACCAUGGCGGUGUGGAUCCAGGCCCAGCAGCUCCAGGGCGAAGCCCUGCGGCAGAUGCAGGCGCUCUAUGGGCAGCACUUCCCCAUCGAGGUGCGGCAUUACCUGUCACAGUGGAUUGAGAGCCAGGCAUGGGACUCCAUCGACCUUGACAACCCCCAGGAGAAUGUGAAAGCAACCCAGCUUCUGGAGGGGCUGAUCCAGGAGCUGCAGAAGAAGGCAGACCACCAAGUGGGUGAGGACGGCUUCCUGCUGAAGAUCAAGCUGGGGCACUACGCCACGCAGCUGCAGAACACGUAUGACCGGUGCCCCAUGGAGCUGGUGCGCUGCAUCCGGCACAUCCUCUACCACGAGCAGCGGCUGGUGCGGGAGGCAAACAAUAGCCCUUCCCCAUCUGGCUCCCUGGUGGACGCCAUGUCCCAGAAGCACCUGCAGAUCAACCAGACCUUCGAGGAGCUGCGGCUCAUCACUCAGGACUCGGAGAAUGAGCUCAAAAAGCUGCAGCAGACACAGGAAUACUUCAUCAUCCAGUACCAGGAGAACAUGCGACUCCAAGCCCAGUUCUCCCAGCUCUCCCAGCUGGGCCCCCAGGAGCGCAUGUCACGGGAGACGACGCUGCAGCAGAAGAAGGCGUCGCUGGAGGCCUGGCUGCACCGUGAGGCCCAGACACUACAGCAGUUCCGUGUGGACCUGGCUGAGAAGCACCAGAAGACGCUGCAGCUGCUGCGCAAGCAGCAAACAACCAUCCUGGAUGACGAGCUGAUCCAGUGGAAGCGUCGGCAGCAGCUGGCAGGGAAUGGGGGCCCACCCGAAGGCACUUUGGAUGUGCUGCAGACCUGGUGUGAGAAGCUGGCAGAGAUCAUCUGGCAGAACCGGCAGCAGAUCCGCCGAGCUGAGCACCUGUGCCAGCAGCUGCCAAUCCCAGGCCCAGUGGAGGAGAUGCUGUCAGAGCUGAACGGAACCAUCACUGACAUCAUCUCUGCCCUGGUCACCAGCACCUUCAUCAUCGAGAAGCAGCCCCCCCAAGUGCUGAAGACACAGACCAAGUUUGCAGCCACUGUGAGGCUCCUGGUGGGUGGCAAGCUGAAUGUGCACAUGAACCCCCCCCAAGUGAAGGCCACCAUCAUCAGUGAGCAGCAAGCCAAGGCCCUGCUGAAGAACGAGAGCACCCGCAAUGAGAGCAGCGGGGAGAUCCUCAACAACUGCUGUGUGAUGGAGUAUCACCAGGCCACUGGGACACUCAGCGCCCACUUCCGCAACAUGUCCCUGAAGCGGAUCAAGCGCUCGGAUCGCCGCGGGGCUGAGUCAGUGACAGAGGAGAAAUUCACCAUCCUCUUUGAGUCGCAGUUCAGUGUCGGUGGGAACGAGCUGGUCUUCCAGGUGAAGACGCUGUCCCUGCCUGUGGUGGUGAUUGUGCAUGGGAGCCAGGACAACAAUGCCACGGCCACCGUGCUUUGGGACAAUGCCUUUGCUGAGCCCGGCCGCGUGCCCUUCGCUGUGCCCGACAAGGUGCAGUGGCCACAGCUCUGCGAGGCGCUCAACAUGAAGUUCAAGGCAGAGGUGCAGAGCAGCCGUGGGCUGACCAAGGAGAACCUGGUGUUCCUGGCACAAAAGCUCUUCAACAGCACCAGCUCCCACUUGGAGGACUAUAGCAGCACCACAGUGUCCUGGUCCCAGUUCAACCGGGAAAACCUGCCUGGGAGGAAUUACACCUUCUGGCAGUGGUUUGACGGGGUCAUGGAGGUGCUGAAGAAGCAUUUGAAGCCGCACUGGAAUGACGGGGCCAUCCUGGGCUUCGUCAACAAGCAGCAGGCGCACGACCUGCUCAUCAACAAGCCCGACGGGACCUUCCUCCUGCGCUUCAGCGACUCGGAGAUCGGUGGCAUCACCAUUGCCUGGAAGUUCGACUCCUCUGAGAGGAUGUUCUGGAACCUGAUGCCUUUCACCACCAGGGACUUCUCCAUCCGCUCCUUGGCUGACCGCCUCGGGGAUCUCAGUUACCUCAACUACGUGUUCCCCGACCGGCCCAAGGACGAGGUGUUCUCCAAGUACUACACGCCGGUUCUCUGUGAGUCCACGCCAGCUAAAGCUGUGGAUGGAUAUGUGAAGCCACAGAUCAAGCAAGUGGUGCCAGAGUUUGUCAAUGCAUCAGGAGAUUCUGCCCCUGGAGGGGCCACCUACAUGGACCAGGCCCCCUCGCCUGCCGUCUGCUCCCAGCCUCAUUACAACAUGUACACCCAGAACCCCGACCCUGUGCUGGACCCCGAGGGUGAUUUUGACCUGGAAGACACGAUGGAUGUGGCGAGGCACGUGGAGGAGCUGCUGCGGCGCCCCGUGGACAGUCAGUGGAUCCCCCACGCCCAGUCGUGACAGGCAGGCGCCU